AUGGUGGAGCGUGUGGAGGGUGGAGGAUUUAUCAGAGUCUCAUAUCCGUUUUUCCACCUUGCCAGCGUGCGUUCCCAUUGCCAGCGCACGUCCACUAACGCUGACAGCCUUCUGCCAAUUCCCACUACUCAUAAUGUUGAUGGUAUUCAAGAUUCCUUGAGGGAAGAUUUGGAGUUUGAGACAAAACCAAACCUCAGUGAUAAGACUCCAAUCAAGACUAUUUAUACAGAAUUUGGAGGCAUUGUUGACUGCAUUAAUAUUUACCAACAACCAGUCUUUGAUCAUCCUUUAUUAAAAAAUCAUAGAUUCCAGAUAAAACCCACCUUUGAAAAUUUAACUGAAAAAACAUUGGUGAAUAAUUCACAAAUCGGAUCCAUGUUUGAUCUUGACAACGAAGAAUGUCCACAAGGAACAGUUCCUAUACAAAGAAUGAAAUAUAAUUUUUCUCAAGAAAAAUUAUUAGAUGAUAUAUUGAUUAAAGACAUUCCCGGUGUUCACGUUGCAGAAGCAUUUGUUCCACAAAAUCAUUCUCCUUUUUAUCAAGUUAAUGGGAUAUGUAGCCUUUAUAAUCCAAAAGUUGAGAAAGGUCAAAUAUCUAUGUCUCAUAUAUGGGUUGAAAAUGGACCUGUUGAAUCUUCCAACAGAAUAACUAUGGGAUGGCAUGUACAUCCAUCAAUGUACGGUGAUGCAAGGACCCAUUUUUAUACAUCAUGGACGUCCGAUAACUUCAAAAAGACAGGAUGCUACAAUACCGCAUGUAGAGGUUUUGUCCAGGUUGACAGGAAGAACUUCCCUGGUGGAUAUUUCCCUGACACAUCUACCUACGGUGGCGCGACUUAUGAGGCUUACAUGGCUAUUACUCAGGAUUUAAAGACAAAAAAUUGGUGGAUAAGCGCAGGAAAGGUAAACAUCGGAUAUUAUCCAGCAGCAUUGUUCUCGAACUUAGGGUCAGCAUCCAUCGUAGGAUGGGGUGGGAGAACAAAAGCCAACGUUGGUGGUCGUAGUCCUCCAAUGGGAUCUGGGCAUUUUCCUGAUGGAAAUAGGACCCAUGAAUCUUAUUUUAGAUCUCCCAAGAUUCAAGGUGCAUCAUUAAUUGUUUAUACACCUGAAUCUUUUAUGACCAAACACUUCUCUGACAAUACUAAAUGUUAUGAUGUUGGUUACCAUGAUAAAUAUUACGGAGAGGUUCAAAAGGAAAGUGUUGUUCACUUUGGAGGACCGGGAGGCAAUUGUGGAAUUUAA